AACUACAUCCGCUUCUUCAAAGACGGACGAGGAGGAGAAGGAGGACCGGCGUCUUCAGUUGACAUAUCCCUACUGUGUCCACUAGGCUUGCAUUGUCUUGUAAACAAAGUAGCUAGCUAGCGAGCAUUAGCAAGCAUUGGCAAGCAUCAGCAGCGAGACCGGACCUUGCUCUCUGUUUUCGAUCCGAGCACGGCACAGAUUGUUAAUCUCAGUUGAGUCCGUCUCUCCGGUGAAGAUUUGAAUAAUGUCUUAACGCCGAUGCAAAGCAAGGAGUGGAGCUAAACGCGGUGUAACGUCGCUGCACGUCACUUUUCCCCAGUAAUUAACAUUAACCGUGUUAUUAUGUAACAUUUUUAGGCUACUUGGAAAGUCAGGCUUGUUGUGACAUGCUAUUUUUUUAAAUCGCGUUCUGAACCCUCUGAACACAGUCAAGGGAAUGUGGUUCAUUGCAGGACAAGGAAGAAGUGUGACGACAACAACACAGCACUGUGAGGCGAGGGGUCUUCUCCAAAGGCUGCAGGCUAGGUGGGACACAGUGGACGUGGAUGGUUUUAUGGGUGUCCUCCAUUGCAUGCAGAAUUAGCACCCAGGACAGAUGGAAAAGAGGGACAGAAAGCCUGGAUACUUUGCCAGGCUGAAGAGGCGGAGACAGCUCAAGCAGAGCCAAUCAGAGAAGGUCGUGAACGAGCACAGCGCGGCGGUCAUCUCCUGUCCGGACGUGCCGAAUGACAAUGAAGCCAACAAGAAGACCGGCCUGCAGAGAAUAACAGCAAAGACACCCGCUGGGUCAGCUGAUGGCUGUAAAAGCAACAACCCGGCAAAGAGGGAGAAGAGGAGGCCGCCAGGGACAGUGGAGUUCUUUGUGGGACCCAAUGAUUCCCUCAACAGCAUCGCCCUCAAGUUCAACAUCACCCCAAACAAGCUGGUCCAGCUGAACAAGCUCUUCUCUCACAGCGUCUACCCCGGGCAGAAGCUGUUUGUUCCUGAUGUGAGCCAGACCGAUGCCAAGUCCACUGACCCGUCCCUCAGCAAUGGUUCCUCUUUGGAGACGAAGCAGGAUGGCGGCCCAAACUGCAGGUCAGCGAGGUCAAUGCAACGGCAGCUCUCCCCAAAUUCAGAGGACGAGAGCCCGGCAACAGUUAAAUUCAUCAAGAUGAGCUGCAAGUACUUCACAGAUGGAAUGGGAGUAGUGGGCGGCGUGCUGAUCGUGACCCCCAACAACAUCAUGUUCGACCCCCACAAGUCGGAUCCACUGGUCAUCGAGCACGGCUGCGAGGAGUACGGCCUCAUCUGCCCCAUGGAGGAGGUGGUCUCUGUGGCGUUGUACGAUGACGUGUCACGCAUGAAGCUGAAAGAUGCUUUGCCGUCCGACCUACCCCAGGAUCUGUGCCCUGUCUACAGGCCUGGUGAGUGGGAGCAGCUGCCGUCAGAGCAGGACCUGAACCCCUUCAGCCGCUACAAAGCUCUGGAUGCUAAGCAGCCCAUCAUCUUGGACGACAUGGAGUCGGCCCUUUUGGAAACUGGUAGCGCAGAGGGCGAGCAGACUGACAAGUCUCCCUCUGAUGAGGGCUUCACUGAGCUGGAGCCUACAGUCAACGGGAGCACUGAAGAAGCGCAGGCAUCGUCCUGUGGACGCAGGGAACAGCGAGACCUCCAAGAACAAAAGAACACCGACAGGAAGGAAUCCCAGGACACAUCAAAGCUUUGCCAAACUGAAGGGACACGGGACGAUGACGAGGAUGAAGGCUUAGCUCAGAACAGCUCCGUAGAAGACGGCGAGUCCAUCCAGUUUUCUGCAGAGAUGGAAAAACCGGGGAAGUUGCACAGCACGCCGACAAGCCGAACGGAAACCAAAGAGGAGGAAUCUAAAGCGACCGAAGAGGAUGAGGGUAUCAGGAAGUUGAGUGAGGCUGCUGAGCUGCCUGAAAACCUGGAUGGUCCUAGGAGACCUGCCAAGGUGGAGCAACUCAGCGAGCAGGAGAGGCGGAGGAAGAGCUACGAGUCGGAGAUGAAGUCGUGGCUGCUGGAGAGGAUGCAGGCUCCCAUUGAAGACAUGCUUUUCUCGUCAGAGGAGAAGAGUAAGAACCCACCGAUGUUCCUCUGCUUCAAAGUGGGGAAACCAAUGAGAAAGUCAUUCGCCACUGGGAUGACCUCCAGCCCCGCCCACACAUUCCGAAGCUUGGGCAAGCAGCCCGAGUACUGGUUUGCUGUGCCGCAAGAGAGGGUGGACCAUUUGUAUGCAUUUUUUGUCCAGUGGUCUCCUGACGUCUAUGGCAAAGAGGCCAGAGAGCAGGGUUUCAUUGUGGUGGAGAAAGACGAGCUGGAUAUGAUCGACAACUUCUUUGGGGACCCCGCGUCUUGCAGCUGGGAGAUCAUCACAGUCGACGAGGCCAAACGGAGGCAGAGUUUUGGCAGUUGUGAGGAGGAGCUGUGUGCGGACAGCCUGCCCUCGCUGAGCGAUGCCAGCAGUCUGCUACAGGACACGCACAUUGAGAAGCUGGCCUGUCGCUUGCCGGCCCGUGUGCAGGGCUACCCAUGGAGACUGGCCUACAGCACUGUGAUGCACGGCACCAGCCUCAAGACGCUCUACAGGAACCUGGCUGACGUGGACAGUCCAGUGCUGCUGGUCAUCAAAGACCUGAAUAACCAGAUCUUUGGGGCAUUCUCCACUCAUCCCUUCAGAGUGAGCGAGCACUGCUACGGCACCGGAGAGACCUUCCUCUACAGCUUCUGUCCUGAGAUGAAGGUUUACCGCUGGACAGGCGACAACUCUUACUUUGUCAAAGGCAAUAUCGACUCACUGCAGAUGGGAGGAGGAAGUGGUCAGCUGGGUCUGUGGCUUGAUGCUGAGCUGUACCGAGGCACGACCACCAAAUGCGCCACCUUCAACAACCAGCCGUUGUCAACCCAGCAGGACUUCAACAUCCACAGUCUGGAGGUGUGGUCCUUCGAGUAGCUCCCCGCCGCCUACCACGGACACGCGUCACCUUCUGGUCUCACAAACCCUUUUAAAGCACCGCUUGGAGGUAAAGCUUAGCUGCUCGAUUUGAUGCUUAAUGUUCUGCGAGGGGGGUGGCAGAAAGCAGUCGUUUCUAGAAGGUGGGUUCAGCUUUUGUGAUUGUAAGACCUCGACCUGACGCUCUCGGUUCAUUAGCUGCCUUCCACCUCCAAAAGCCUCCAGCUUUCCCUCCAGCAUGCAGACUUGCCUUAGUGCCACAACGUUGUGAGAAAUGGAGAAAAAAAUGAGCAGGGCUGUUUGUCCUAAAGAAGACAUCCCACAAAGCUUUAGCGUAAAGUAAAAGCCAUUGUAUGAAUGUACAGGAAGUGAUUAUGGAAGAAAAUGGAAGCUGCCCAGAGAGGAUUUUCAACCUUCACCAUUUUAUUUACCAGAUGAAUGCAGCACUUCCUCUCAGUGCCACCUUGACUUUUAGACUGAAUCGUGUUACCUUUCAUCACCAGGAACCACAACGUGUUUUCAUUCCUUGCACCACCCAAACCACCAUUUUUGCAUUGACCAAAUAUUAUUUGUGAAUUUGUCAUCUUUUGAUAUUUUGUUUUUACUUCUUUUUUUUAUUUUCUUUGAGUAAUUUUCUAUGGUUGUACUUUUUUAUUAUUAUUUGUGUUUACCAAACUGACGCAACCCAACAAGCACUUGGCGGGACAAAGAAUUUUAUCAUUGUUUUUUUUUUUUCUUCCAUUUAUUGUUAUUAUAUUUUAAAGCCAAUAGAACAGGGGGUGUCCAAACUUAGUUUCCCGGGGGGCCGCAUAUAGACAAAUGAAAGGAUGCAGGGACCACUUGGAUAUUAUUCACCUUUUUGUUUCUUUAGCACGCUAAAACCCAUGUAGAGAAGAAAUAUGCUCAUUUAGUAUUAGUGAUAGCUGUUUAUUUUGUUUUCAAUGUGGUUCUAUGAAAUCCCUCUCUUUAUAGUCUAAAUUUAUUUUUAAAAUAUGCCAAGGGCCAAUACUUUGUACUUUGGACACCCCCAAAGUAGAAGAAUCAUCAGCUUGUUACUUUUUGCACUACAGGAUUUAGUCUAAUGCUGUAUGGGGGAUUUAUGUAAGCAUUUCUUAAAGGAAAACAACAAAUUGUUACUGAAUGUUGUCCAAACACCACUACGAAAGUAAAGGGAUCAGUCGGUGCACUCUUCAUAUACCACUAACUAAAACUUCAGAUCACGCAACAAUAGAUUUACAAUCAUGUUAUUAUGUGAGUGAGUGCAUGGAUAUAAUGUAUCCUCCAUACACCGUUGUUUAUGUUAGUUAGCGCUCCAUGUGUAAAUGAGCUGUGUUGCUGUGUUGUAACUGUGAAUGCGCCGUAAGUAUUAUUUUCUUGUGAAUCCCGAACUGCUGUCUGUGAGUAAGGAUGUAUUUAUUAUUAUUAUUAUUAUUGUGUUGUUAUUGCAACUACAUUUAUACCUGAAUGUUAUAUACAGUAUAUAUACAUUCAUUAAAAUGGUGUCUUACUGUAUGUUGCGGUGCCAU